AUCUCGACCCAAAGAGGCUUUUAUCCGCCUUCGCGGCCAUUGAGUCGGCUGAUUCCUCGGACUUACUUGGCAAGGUCGAAUCCUCAUGCAUCGUACCAGCCAUUUCUGCCACUUGAUUCCUUACGCAUGGCGUUCCGAUUUGGACUUUGGUUCAAGUUCCUGCUUGUAAUUAGCGCCCCGUCUCCUUCGCGCUCGGCUACCUAGGUGAUGUGGUAUCCGAAUUUUCAAUCUCAUUCGUGCCGAAGAUGGAACCCUAGAUCUUGGGAAGAGAGAGAAGCAUUAUUCUCUUGCGUAGCUCUGUUAAACCCUUCCUUCCUGCCUCCCUGAUGAGCUGAAUAAUUUGAUUUUAGACUUCGUUGUAUUGCCUUACUCUCGACUCAUCGUCGGGCAGGUAUGAGCGCACCGUUAUAGACGAGUAGCCAUGGGAAAGCUUCCAACCGAAGAGGACAUCGCCUGGAUGGUGGCGCAUAUCAACGACUCGACGGUUCCCGACAUCAUUAUUUGCUGCAUCAUCUGCAGUAUCGCCUCUGUCGUGAUCCUAGCUCUACGCAUCUGGGCGAGAUCCCAAGCCGGACUCAAACCCAUUUUCAGUGACUGGCUGAUCGUUGGUUCGGUGUUCUUUUAUGUCGUCUUCUGCACAGUUUUUGCUUUAUCGACAAGGUAUGGAGCUGGCAGACACAUCAUCCUCAUAACGGAUCCGGAGACGAUGCGCAUGUUGGCUAUCCUCAAUAUCUGCAAUCCGAUUCUAUACGGCGUUUCCAGCGUCCUUGUCAAAUGGAGCAUCCUCGCAUUAUACCUUGCAAUCUUUCCCCAAAGAAAGUUCCACUACUGGGUUCAUUUUGUGAGCACCGUCAACUUGCUAAAUGGACUCGCCAUAAUUCUCGUCAGCUGCCUGCAAUGCCGUCCUCUAGAGGCCUUAUGGAAUACAUCAGUGGUGGGCACUUGCAUCAACUUCAGUUAUUUCAGCAUCUUUAACAGCGUCUUCAACUUUUUAUUGGACGUGAUCAUCCUUCUGACCCCCCUACCGCUCGUCAAACAACUCAACUCGUCGACACGAAAGAAGAUCUUACUAUCGAUCAACUUUGCGCUAGGCGGAAGUGCUUGCAUCAUCGCAGCUAUCCGCGUUCCUUACGCAAGACGAGUGGGAGGCACGGUGAACCCAAGCUGGGAUAUGAUACCGGGAGGGCUACUCUGCGUUGUCGAGGUUGCCGUUGCCCUCUUGACAGCCUCCCUACCUAUAUACCGUCCACUGUUGAGGUUCUUAGGCAUCACCAUUACAUCGAAUUCCGCAUCCAACUACAAAGGAGGUAAUUUACGCAGUUCGAAUAACUUCUUGGGUAGCCAAGUGAGCACCCACAUCACGAGCGGCAGAGACAUGUCGUCUCAGCAAGCAGGUAUCAGUAUCACAGACGAUAUAACGUUGACGACACAUACAUAUGUAGGAGGAGAGUGGGUGCGUGUGGCCGACGAAGAUGAUGAUGCUGCUGGUUUGGUUGUGCCAAAUGGAUCGGCGCCGUACGCGCGAACCGUCAGCAGCACAAUGAGUGAUAAGUUCUACUGAAAAGUAGGCGCUUGUGUUCCAAGAUAACCGUCCUCGACAUAAAAUUGAACUAGUAUAUCAAGUCAGGUACGAUGCGCAAAUACGAACGCUGUCAUUCAUUGACUGUCUGUGUGACAACUGAUAGACAGCUUCGUGAAGCUUGGGG